AUGGCGUCGCUCGGCGUGGGGCUGCAUCUCAUCCGCAGGCGGGGAGCGGGCAGGAGCGCAGCGGUAGAGAGGAGGAACCUGCUGACCGUGUGCAGGUUCUCAGUGAAGACUCUGCUGGACCGCUCCUGUUUUGAGACAAUAGAUGACUCAUCUCCAGAAUUCAUUAACUUCGUGUCCAUCCUGGAGCACAUCCUUAAUCAUCGGCUCAAAGGUCAGACGACGUGGUUUGGCUACGAGAGUCCUCGCAGUUUCUGGGAUUAUAUAAAAGCAGCCUGCAGCAAAGUCCCUCAUAACUGCAUCCGAAGCAUUGAGAGCAUGGAGAAUGUGCGUUCAUCAAGAGCUAAGGGCCGUGCGUGGAUCAGAGUGGUGCUGAUGGAGAAACGACUGUCAGAAUACAUCUCAUCUGCACUGAGGGACUUCAAAACCACCAGGAGGUGUUAUGAGGACGGUGCCAUCAUGCUGGGAGAGGAGGCGGGGCUUCUGGCAGACACGCUCAUUGGACUCAACACCAUCGACUUCAGCUUCUGUCUGAAAGGGGAGGGUCUGGACAGCAGCUGCCCCGCCGUGAUCGACUACACGCCUUACCUGAAGUUCACUCAGAGCGCAGACAGCAUCAGCAGUGACGAGGAGGAGAUGAGGACUCUGGGGAGCAGUGGCAGCGAGAGCAGCACCCCCGACAAAGCAGCCACGGCCGCCUCCAUCUUCACCGAGCAGAGCAACUUGGUCAGCAAGUGCAAACGCUUCGAGCAGAAGUAUCGCGUGGCGCUGGAGCAGAAGGCUUACCUGGAAGAGCUGGUCCGUCUACGAGAAGCCCAGCUGUCAGAGGCCGUGUCUCAUAACAAAGCUCUUGAGCAGAACCUGGCAGACACACACCUCUCACACGCACUGGAGAAGGAGCAGCUGGAGUUCAUCGUACUGGAACUACAGGACCAACUGACAGUGCUGAAGAACAAUGAUUUGCGGUCCAGACAGGAGCUGACAGCCCAUCUGACCAAUCAGUGGCCGUCUCCUGACGCCUUGGAUGCCAACGCUGUUGCAUUGGACACGCUGCUGUACAGGAAGAGGACUGGACAGUGGGAGGAGAAGAACUUCCAGAGUCUGGAGCAGCUCUCUGCGGACAUGAGCCUCUCCCAGACUUCCCUUGAACCGUCACACACGCUGAGUCUGGAGGCGAGGCUGGCCGGGACACAGUGGCGGCACCAGAAUAAGGAGGAGACUCCUUCUCUCAGAGGCCUGUGCGGCUCCCUCACCUCCGUUGCCAGCUACAAGUCUCUGGCCAGCCUGAGGUCCAGCGAGUGUUUGGCCAGUCCUGCAACAGAGAUCAGCAGCCCGGGGUUCACUCCUUCAUAGGGAAUGGGGGGGGGGGGGGGGAACUGUGGGACAGAUGAUGCAGGAACUUUGUCAAUGUAGGUGAAAACUGAUUUUCUGUUUGUACGAGUCCUUGUUCCGUGUGCGGAGCUCGGAGCUUUAACAGAUGGACGUCAGGUUUGACAGCGGAGGAUCUGGUGAAGCAUGUUUGUAAAAUAGAACUCAGAGCAGCUCCGUCAGACUGAGUCACAGAUACACCUCUGGGUCCAAACACUGCUCACUUAGUCCCCCUUAGUGCAGACAGGGGAUCCGGUGAGCCUCAUGUGAUUCUUCGAUUGUGUUUAGGUUUUUGCUUUCUAGGUGUUUUUAUCUGUGGAGCAUCAUCUGUUUUUCUUUCUCGGAAACAUGUUGGAAUAAUACAACAGUUUUGUGUAUGAGUUUCCAUGUCCCUUAUAGAGCAUAGAGGUGACGAUGAUGAUGGAGUGUGUCCUCCCUCCUCUGUUAGAAGGUUUCACUGCAUGUUGAUAAUACUGACUCCAUCAGAUCAGACUUUAGGAAAACAGAGGGUCAGUGUUUGAUUCUCACGUUUUGUUCUCAGGUGUAAAUGUUCUUGUGCCAUUCUUCUUAUAUGUUGUCAGACGUGCAUAAUGCAGUAUCACAUUGUUUGUUCUCAGGUAAUGAGCACUAUGUUUAUACCCCCCCCCCCAAUCCGCUCUGAGUUUAGCUUCGUACUGGAGUCAUUAUUCCCUUUACUUGUUGAAAUGCAGUUUACUUUCUUGGCUAGUUACCACAAACAGAUCAUACAUACUUAAAUUAGGACAAUGUGUUAGGACUCAGUUAUUUGACUCUUUUCAAGAGAUAUGAUAGAGAAAUGUGUAUUUACAGAAUAUCUGAAUAAAACUAUAACAAUAGUAAUGUAUCAUUGGGGACAAUAGCCGAGUACCUCAACACUGAGCUCAUUGCAUUGCCUUUACCUCAUUGCAGCAGUCAUUUGCACAUCCAGAAUAUGUUUCAUUGGAUUUCUUUGCCUUUUUUAUCAUUUUGAAUAAACUCCACUUGCUGAAACA